CCUACAACAAUAUUCGUAGCGAGAAGCUCAGUGAUUAUGUUGCAACUGAGGCAUUUGACGCUAUUUUGCGGACUGCUCGCUGCUAUUAUUAGUUUUCCGGAUCAGGUCCAGGCUGAUGAGCACAACAGGUUGCCCUCCCUAGGCGGCGGCAAAGUCUCCACCACGUGUGAACCUGACUUACCUGGAGACAAUUUUGGAGAGAAUCCUGAUGAGAAACCUGGAGGCAAUCCUGAUGAAAACGGUGACGAUGGUGAUCGCGAUGGAGAUCCUUUGUGUAGCAGCUUCCAGGCGCUGCGUGCGACCAUCGAAAAGGAUACUCUGGCGGAUCUUAUACAGUCACACUAUCAGUGCAAUUCCAAGUUUCGCAAAGCCUUGUGCUACUACAAUACAACACGUUUCCAUUUGGUUGCCCUGGAGCUGCAGCAAAGCGAAGCCUACAACACAAUGCUGGAAGAACUGCGCAAUGCUAGUGUAGACACUAGCGAUAUUGAGAAUAUUGUGGACAUUUUUGCCUGCUUGGUGUUGCCGGCACCGCAGCCCGACAAGAGCUGCGAUUGCAAGACACUUCGCGGUCACACUUUCGUCGGCGAUCUCCUGGCUGCCAUGCCCCAUCAAGCUGUGCAUGACUUUACGACAUCUGCCCGAAGAAAUCAAACCAAUUACGCCCGGUUUGUGGACACCGUGAGCUCGUCGGGCUUCCAGUCGCGUAUGCGUGCCAAUAUGAUGAAACGCGAUGUGGCACGUCCACUGCGUAAUCUUCGCCGCAAUGGCUGGGAUAUGCCGGAGCUGCUGCGCGCCGUAAUGUCCAUUCUCUCCUGGUGAGAACGAGGACAGCAACUCAAUAACUUCCAUUUAUGACAUGGCAAUUACUUGUAUACCAAAUAUAGCAAAAUGUCUAGUAAAAUGAUCAGUUGAAUUGA